UGCAUUCGAGUAUACCGAAGGCUGAAAAAACAAACAGAAAUCAAGAAUUGGCAUUUUUACUCAUCGUGUUCUGUGUGGAGCAAUUAAAACACAUUGUAGUAGCACCUCCUCCGACGAUUUUGAACCACGGACAAGUCUCUCCUCUUCUCCCUACUACUCCAGUGAGGAAGAAGUCCAGAAAGGAUGUGCCUUUAUCAUCGUCCCCGGGCCUUUUGGUGAGUUCUUCGUCGGGCUCGCCGGCGGCCCAGCAAGCCGAGAGCGACGGAGGGCACUCGUCGGACGGUUGCGGAGACCGGAAACGGAAGAAAGCCCGAACGACGUUCACCGGUCGUCAGAUAUUUGAGUUGGAACGACAGUUCGAACUGAAAAAGUACCUUUCGUCGUCCGAACGGUCAGAAAUGGCUAAACUGUUGGGUGUCACCGAAACACAGGCCCACGGUAACCCG